ACCUUAGCCAAUUUCACACAUGCCACACUUCAAAAAAAACUCCGCUCCCAACCUUCUCCCUUCCCUCGAACGGUCUGAGUCGCCAACCCUCGAAGAAGGCCAAUUAUUUCGCGCAUCCCCACCUUCUUCCUUCCACCACUGGCCGAUUAAUCCCCUUCUCAGGGCCGUCCCCAACCCUCGUCUGUGCAACCUCGUCGCCGCGAACCCUCGACGAAGCCCACCUCGUCGCCGCGAACUCGUCCCGGCCAACCCCACUCGAAGGCAGCCCUCCUCCCCGUCAACCUCCGUCGAAGGCGAGCAUGGUCGCUGCACACUCCAAGAUUCAGUGUUUGUGGCAUGACAGUUAUGGCCUUUGCCGAGUCACUGUUGCAGAACUUGUCAUCACAGCCUGAGUGUGCAUAUGAGAACAUGGCAGCGAAAAGAUGUGAAUUUGCAAUGGGGAUUUGGACUUUGAGGAAGAUCCACUGUGACUACUUUGGGCCUGCAUGUUUAGUGUAGGAUGGGGUUUGUUGUAAAACAUUGAUGUGACCUUACUAUAUACAUUUUUUGGUGCUCAUUUUUUGCCACCAUGCGUUUGGUUGUUAAAUGUAGGAGGUUGUACAAUGUUACAGUAAGAGUGUCGUACAAUGUCCUAGAAUGUACUCCCAAAUAUUACCUGAAUUGGUAUACCUUUUUGUUUUUGUGGCAAACACUUAUUGAUUAUGGUGUUAAUAUAUAUGGGGGAUGCCUUUGCUUGUGAAGAAGAAAAAUCUUGUUUGUGCUUUUAUACGACUUUGUCUGUGAUUUGU